GGUGGGGUGGGGCCAGAAAACAUUACAAUGGAGCUGGGAUGGAGGAGGUGUACUUUUAUUUCAGAUUGUGUCAUUCGAGUAGAGUCUCCCGGAACAGCAACUAACAGAACCGAGGCUGUUUUAGAUCCCCUGGGUUGUUAACCUGGCGCUCCGGGAGAGUAAGCAACUGAGCUGACGAGAGAGGCAGUGGAGGAAGGUAGGAAGCCCUUCGCACGCCUAGCCUGGCUCAUCCCAUCCACUUUAGGUUUUGCCGUGCUGAUUGUGACACGAGGAGAAAGAACUAGGAGAGACCCAUGAAGGAAAGGAACGAGAGGGGAGGUGAGAAACUCAAUUGAAAAAGAGGUAGCAGGGAAAGUAAAAGUCAGCAGAUGCAAAUCGGGAGGCCAGAGGACGAGGAAAAGGCUGGGCUUCGGCAACCUGCUGGCAGCCUUUAGACAAAGGAGGUUUGAGAGAGAGGCGGGAUCAGAUUCUAAUAUCAGCUCGUGGAGAGAGCCAGCUGCUGGGCUCCGGGAGAUGAAACGGCCGGAAUUCACAGUGACUGGAGCGUGUGCCACAGCGACAGCUCCCAGGAAAAAGUAAGUCUGGGGAGGGAUCGGUCUAAAUUCAUAGUGACUGGAGCAUGUACCACAGCGAGAGCUCCCAAGAAAAAGUAACUCUAGGGAAGGAUUUGCAAAGCUUGUCGGACUCUGACAUCGAAACCCUCUUUGAGGCAUGCCUCCGUCCAUGCGCUACUUCUUCAUAGUGUCUGUGACUACUGUCAUCGUUUUUAUUGUGCUCUACGUGUUAAGUUUUGGGGGAGAUCAAAGCUACCAGAAGCUGAACAUCUCAGACUCCGUGAUGUUGGCUCAGGUGUGCACAUCCUUCAUCAACGGGAAAAGCCUGUUCCUGUGGAGAAACAAACUAAUGAUUCACGAGAAGUCUUCUUGCACAGAAUAUGUGACCCAAAGCCACUAUAUCACCGCCCCUUUAUCUCAGGAAGAGCUCGAUUUUCCUUUGGCAUAUGUCAUGGUCAUCCAUCACAAUUUUGACACUUUCGCGAGGCUCUUCAGAGCAAUCUUCAUGCCUCAAAAUAUCUACUGUGUUCACGUGGACGAAAAGGCAACAGCCGAAUUCAAAGGUGCCGUAGAACAGUUAGUGAGCUGCUUCCCCAAUGCCUUUCUGGCUUCUAAGAUGGAGCCGGUGGUCUAUGGUGGGAUAUCCCGGCUCCAGGCAGACCUGAACUGCAUCAAAGAUCUGUCCACCUCCGAGGUCCCCUGGAAGUACGCCAUCAACACCUGUGGACAAGACUUCCCCCUGAAAACCAACAAGGAGAUAGUUCAGUACCUGAAAGGACUUAAGGGGAAGAAUCUCACUCCGGGGGUGCUGCCUCCAGCUCACGCGAUUGGAAGGACCAGGUACGUCCACCGGGAGUACCUGAGCAAAGAGCUUUCCUAUGUGAUCAGAACCACCGCUCUGAAGCCUCCACCUCCCCACAACCUCACCAUUUAUUUUGGCUCCGCCUAUGUCGCCCUGUCGAGAGAGUUUGCUAACUUUGUUCUCCAUGACCCAAGAGCGGUUGAUUUGCUCCAUUGGUCCAAAGAUACUUUCAGUCCCGAUGAGCAUUUCUGGGUGACACUCAAUAGGAUUCCAGGAGUCCCUGGCGCCAUGCCGCCAAACGCAUCCUGGACGGGUAAUCUCAGAGCUGUGAAGUGGAUGGACAUGGAAGCAAAGCACGGAGGUUGCCAUGGUCACUACGUACAUGGCAUUUGCAUCUAUGGAAAUGGAGACUUGCCGUGGCUAAUUAAUUCGCAAAGCCUGUUUGCUAACAAAUUUGAACUCAACACAUACCCACUUACACUGGAAUGCCUGGAACUGAGGCUGCGAGAAAGAACGCUCAACCAGAGUGAAAUUGCUAUACAGCCUAGCUGGUAUUUCUGAUCCACAGCAGCUCUGGCCUGAAGAAACUGAAGACAUAAAGAAGAGCUUUCUUUUCCAAGAGACUCAUGUCUUGGCUAUACUGAAGGCUCUAGGAAAAAAAAAAUGAUUUCAGGAAAGCAUCAGGACCUGACAGCAGAGCUCUGCUUGCAACAUCCACUGGGCACCGUGAUACAUUUGACAGGAUGGCUGCGUGCAGCUGUCCUGGCAUUUUUGCCAGUCUGACCAUUUCUUUUGAAUGUCUUGUCUUUUCUCACCAUCCCCCUCCCUUCUCUUCUUUUCUCUUCCUUUUUUAAAGAUAGGUAGGGUCUUGCUAUAGAUCACUUGCAAGCCUGGUUCUUGUCAGGUAGCCCAGUAUGGCCUUGAACUCUAAUCCUCCCACCUUGGCCCCUUAAGGGCUGCUAUUACAAGUGUGGAUAACCACACCUGGCUCUGGUGUCUGGCGGUCACUUAACACCCAUCUGCAUCUCAAUCUGCUAGGUGGUCGGUGGUAAAUUCAAAUGCAUCAGAUCCCUGUGCCAGAUACUCAUAUUAGUAUAUCCUGUUAGAAAAGAGAAUGGUGGAUAAUACUGUCUGAGAAAAUCAGAACUUAUUUGAGAAGGAAGCUCUCGUUCCAUAUUCCUAGCAACUAUAUUCUCAGGCACACAUAGGCACAGAGACAGCUUUCUAGUACCUCACCAAUUUCAUGUAGUACAAACUGAUUCUGAAGAGCUGAGGAACUAUAUACAGUUCAGUGUCCAAGCAUUUGACUGACAUUUGUGCAGAGUUAGGAUCCACCUCCAGCACCACGCCCAGGUCUUGUGAGCACUGACGUUUUCAGUUAACUUGUGUCUGAAGUUCUGCAGACAGUACAAAGCCAUUAACAAGUGACCGACAGCAUGUACCAUAAGACAGGAGGUGGCUGCAGGAAGAGGACCUCAGGGAUGCUGGACAUUUCCGUGUUCUAUUCCAGAAUGUUCUCUUUUCCCAGAGAACUCUGGAACAUCCUCACAGGAAUGAAGGAAUUCUUUCUUUCCCACAGGAAAGGUGCUACUGCAUGGGUCUGUAACCUGUGAAGGACUCUCGUCUGGGGUUUCAUUUCUAUUUGAGAGAUGGGGACCCAGUUCUGCUGUGUGCAGCUUUAACCACAUCAGGACAGCCUGCAGCUUGCAAUGAUUGGUGCUGACAGGAGCACCUGGAUCUCUAAGAGCUUUUUAUGACAGGUGGUCAUCUGUCAUUUUUCCUUGUUCCCUCAUCCAUCCAUUCAUUCAUCCAUUCAUCAGCCUACAUUCAGCAGACGCCUCUUGAAUGUCUGUGAUCCUCCAGACACAUGCUGACAGACACAAGGGAAGCAAGACGGAUGCUUUCUCCCCUGUAAAACUCUGGGAAGUGGUAUCAGCUUUUGAAACCCCGCUCUAGAGUCUUAUAAAAUGGCUACACUUUGCACGUACCCUGACCUGGCUAUAUAUUACACUGAGCCAUAGAGAUCAGCAAUGUAUUAAUUAAUAGAUUAACCCAGAGAGAGGAAGGAGGAAAUGAAACCUAAAGCCUCUUGUGUCUCCACCAGCUCCUUCUCUUCUCGUUUUAUUGAAAAGUCCACACACAUACCUGCCCCUCUCAUGGGUUGCAUGAGUACUUGUGUCUUGCAGAUGAUGUAACAAGUCUUAGGAUGGCUCGUGAUCAUUAGGAUGUAAAUUCUAAGAAUUCAGGUUGUCUUUCUAAGUCUCUAAUUUCUUUAGGGAUGUGGAGAGAAGAUGAAAUAAAGCCAUCCUUAGUAUCUCCAGAGAAGGUGGAGUUUAAGAAUGGUCUCAGUGUUAUUAAUAAGAAGUUCUGUCAUUCAGAAAAGCAUGAGGUCAGGACUUGGUAUGUUGGGGUGCUUGCCACCAAGCCUGAUGACCUGAGUUCAAUUCCUGGGUCCCAUGUGAUGGAGGAAGAGCGUCCACUACCAAGGGGAACUCUCCAACCUCCACACAUAUGUCCUAACACGUGGGCACUGCAACCCCAUAUACAUACACACAUGAAUAACUGUAGUUUUUUAAAUGUGAUUUUCUUUACUAGUGCUUUGCAUUUAGAAAUAUUUAUUUAUUCUAAGAGGGAAAAAAACCCCACAUGCUUUAAAUGAUGUCACUUACCACAAUUUCAUUCUUGUGCUGCAAUUGUAUCUACUGAAUGUUACUCAUCUUGAAAGGGAAUCACUUCAUGUAAAACUUUCUUGUCUCUUCUACUAAAAAAUAAAAUGGGGUUGAAUCAGGUAGUUAAAGGGUAGAGAGGUGGGAAGCACUUGGUCAAGGGGAAGUCUGAAACCAGUCUCUUUUUUAUUUGUUGUUUGGGUAAGAGCACCUGAAGACUAAUGUUUUACACUGGAUUGAGAUCUCAUGGCAAAUGAGACAUUCUUUUUCUGGAGAAGUUUACAUACCCAAUGUCGGUCAUCUCUUUACUGUAAAUACUAUUGGGAAGAGCGUAGCAUUUGACCUAGGAAACUAGCAGGGGUUGUGCCUGUAUCUACUGUGUCCAUUUUGGUUUUGCCAAUGUUUUCUGGUUUUGUUUCCUUGGAAAUAAAUUAAUAUAUUGUUUUCCA